AAUCGGGAUCCGGAUUCCGGCUCCGUAGCAGAGAGAAGGUUCGGGGGAAGGCUGGAAGCCGUCGCAAAGAAGCACAAACCGUGCCUAAACGACUUUUCACCCUCCGUCGGUGCCGCGUCGCAGCGUUCCCCUUUUCCUCUCACUACGCUACGCUUCGCAACAAUAGAUCUCUUGCGACGACCACCUUCCUCACAUUUCCAUCCAUCUAAAUAUCCUCUCCCCCAGAUUUAGCAAACCUCUCCUGAAUCCCUCCUCUCCUUAACAACCCCUGUUCUCAAUCAAAUCUUCCAAUCUACCCAAACAAUGGCGUCUUCAUCUCCGCCUGUACUCCCCAUCUCAAACACCGUACCCGCAGCCACUCAGGGUGGCGCCGCUCAGUCCGAGGCCCCUAUCGCCACCCCCGCCUUCCGCGCCUUUAUCAACCACAUUUCCAACUCCGUCCGCCACGGCCUCGCCCAGCGCCGCCCCUGGUACGAGCUCGUCGACCGCUCCGCCUUUUCCCGCCCCGAGUCCUUCUCCGACGCCGCUCUCCGUGUCCGCAAGAACUACUCCUACUUCCGCGUCAACUACCUCUCCCUCCUCGGCCUCGUCCUCGCCUUCUCUCUCAUCUCUAACCCCUUCUCUCUCUUCCUCCUCGCCGCGCUCCUCGCCGCCUGGCUCUUCCUCUACCUCUUUCGACCCUCCGAUCAGCCCUUGGUCCUAUUCGGCCGCACCUUCACUGACGGUGAAACCCUCUGCGCUCUCAUUGGACUCAGCGUCGUCGUGAUUUUCCUCACCAGCGUCGGAUCGGUUCUCGUCUCUGCCCUAAUGGGCGGCCUGGCCAUCAUUUUUGCCCACGGCGCUUUUAGAGUUCCCGAGGAUCUGUUUUUAGACGAGCAAGAACCUGCGGCGACCGGUUUCCUGUCUUUCCUCGGCGGCGCUGCGUCAAAUGCGGCCGCUGCUGCUGCACCUGUUGUUGGCGCACGAGUCUGAUGAUUCCAUCAAUUGAUUCGGCCACAGUUUAGCGGGGUAAUUUUGGCGCUGUUGUUUGUUCAAUUGAAUAGGGUAGAUUUAAAUAAUCAUGGAGUUCCGAUUUGUAGGAAUUUUGUCUAUAUUAAAGUUGGAAAAGCUUACGGAUCUAUUCUUGUUUAAUUUGUCUUAGCUAUUAGAUGGGAUCUUUGAUGUUAGAUAUGAAAUAAAUUGUUCUUGCUUGAAA